UGACAAACCUAAAGGAAACUGCUUUAAAUGUGGAAAACCAGGACAUUUUGCCAGAAAUUGCUACUCAAACACUAAAAGAGACUCCUUUAACAACGUUAAUAAUUGGAAACUCAAAAAGAAAAGAUUUUGCUCACAAUGUGGAAAACCAUAUCCAAGACAUCACCCAGGAUGUACUCGAAAUAAUGAAACACACAUGAAUGGAAAGAAAGUAGGAAGAAGAACGGUACCAAUGGCGAUAAGAAGAUUUAAAAAAGGAAACUUCUCAAAGAAACCUUAUAACAAAGGAAAAGGAAAACUAUAUAAAGGAAAAUUCACCAAAAAGAAAUUCCGACAUUACGAAGGAAAUGAAGAAGAAAGGUUAUCAGGGUUAAACCUUAACUCUGUUCCAGGAAAUCCCUCUUGCACCUUGAAAAAAGAAGAGUCUACCCCAGUAUCACGUGACAAGAACACAAGCACACCCACAACU